GUCAACCUGGGCGACCAGGCACUCCCGGUACACCAGGCACUCCAGGUAGUCCUGGAGGUCCUGGCGGUCCUGGUGGCCCUGGUGGACCUGGAGGACCGACGGGCCCUGGAGGACCCUCGGGUCCUGGCGUGUACCCCGGACAACCAUCAGGCCCAGGCGGAUAUCCAGGACAGCCAGGAACACCCGGCCGGCCAGGCUCUCCAGGCACACCUGGAGGUCCUGGUGGUCCAGGCGGACCCGGAGGACCAGGCGGUUAUCCCUCAAGACCCGGAUAUCCCGGUCAGCCAGGUACUCCUGGAAGACCAGGAUCGCCUGGAACACCUGGUGUACCAGGAGGCCCCGGUGGUCCCGGAGGCCCAGGCGGCCCAUCUGGCCCAGGAGGUUACCCAAGUCAGCCAGGAGGUCCUUCAGGGCCUGGAGGAUACCCAGGGCAGCCAGGUCAACCUGGCAUACCCGGAAGACCCGGACAGCCUGGAUAUCCAGGAGGACCAGGAGGGCCGGGUGGACCAGGAGGUCCUGGAGGCCCUAGUGGACCAUCUGGACCGGGUAGUUAUCCUUCAAGACCAGACGGACCAUCUUACCCCGGUGGAUACCCUGGACAGCCAGGACAACCUGGAAGGCCCGGAACUCCUGGCACGCCCGGAACACCCGGAGGCCCCGGUGGCCCUGGUGGCCCAGGAGGACCCGGAGGUCCAGCCGGACCAUCUGGACCAGGAACGUACCCCGGACACCCCAGCGGACCUGGAGGGCCUGGCGGUUACCCAGGACAACCAG